AUGAGGCUAUCACUAUUUCUCACGUUCGCCCUGACGGCCCUCAUCGAGGCCCAUACCAUCAUGGUAUACCCGGGAUGGCGCGGCAACAACCUCAUCACCAACAAAACGUUUCCCUACGGCAUGCAGUGGAUGUAUCCAUGCGGCGGCAUAGGAACAACCAGAAACCGAACAUACUGGCCAACCACCGGCGGCGCUGUCUCCUUCCAGCCCGGCUGGUUCCGCGGCCAUCUCCAGGCUCAGCUCCAGGUCAACCUCGGAUACGGCACCGAUGGCCCCGACGGCGGCCCGCCAAACAUGUCCAACAUCAUGGUCAAGCCCUUCAUGCUCCAAGGACCGACCAACAAUCCCUAUCCCGGAACCGUCUGCCUCCCCCAGGUGCCUCUACCUGCUGGCGCAAACGUUUCUGCCGGCGAUAGGGCGACGAUCCAAGUCGUUGAGCUGGCUCAACACGGUGCUGCUCUCUACUCUUGCGUCGACAUCAUCUUCGCCGAGCCAGGCGACCCCCGCAUCCCCAUCGUCAACGAGACAAACUGCUUCAACUCGACGCAGUUCGGCUUCGGCCAAAUCUACACAAUCACCACCCAAGACCCCAUCCUCGACGUGGUCUCCUCGACGACGUCCUCUGCCGAGUCUCUGCGCAGAUACAGCUGGGCGGGCUGGCUUCCGCUCGUUGCUGGGGCGAUGUGGAUGCUUCUGUGA